AUGGUGAGCACGUCUGCGAGUCGACUCUCGAGCUCCAGACGAAACUGCAUAGUGAGGUCGUACGAUGCUCUGGGAACUCUGUAUGGGUUUAAGGAGCCUGUUGCCGUACAGUACCUCAAGGUCGCCCGAAGUUGCGGCCUACGUGAUGACAUCUCAUCUCACGCAGUUAACCAAGCUUUCAAGUCAGCCUACAAGGAUACAGUCGCCGAGUAUCCAAACUACGGGAAGGAAAAGCUUUCUGAUCCUCAGCAAUGGUGGAAGAUACUAAUUGACCGCACGUUUGGCCAGGUCGUACCUGAGAACCGCAUUCCGGAUGAUCUGGGCGCUGCUUUGUAUCAGCACUUUUCCUCUGGCGCAGCAUAUGAGCUGUUUACGGACGCCAGAAAUAUGUUCCAGCGUAUGCGUGAAGAUCGAGCACAGCCACUUGUCAGAGCUGGCCACGACGAACCCAUCGUCAACUACCCACCAAUCGUGGGCGUGGUGACAAACUCUGAUCCCAGGGUAACGAAAGUCUUGCAUGACCUUGGUCUGAAAGUUGGAGCGGUUGAACCGCAGAGAGUGCUGGACGGCAAGUCCCCUCCUGGUUGCAGCGAUGAUUGGAACCCCAGCAACGACAUUGACUUUGUUUGCGCCAGCUACGAAGCUGGGUACGAGAAGCCAGAUCGUGGCAUUUUCGAUCAUGCUCGUACCUUAGGUGAUGCUGUUCUACAGGCCCAACAGGCCCACCGGACGAAGAGCCUUGAGGCGAUGCGAGGCCCGGAGGGCACGACAGCUGACGAAUCGAUCAAGUCUGUACCAAGGAUGCCAACAGUUGAGUGGCACCACAUAGGAGAUGACAUGAGUAAAGAUUACCAAGGUGCGGAAGGGGCGGGCAUGAAAGGCUUCUAUCUAAAACGCGAUGAGCCGUUGACUACUGAGGAGCUACGUGUGCCCGAAUCAGCCAGGCUGACGUCUCUUUGA